AUGUCAGGACAAGCCAACGUACUUUCCAACAGUGUUACGCCGCUUAUAGACCGAAUUUUGACCAAUCCGCUAACAUUCAUACUGGGGAAGCAAAUCGAGCUGAAUAAUUCUGAAAAGCCGGCCAGUUACAUAGUCUUGUCGAAAUCCAGCAAGAGGAGUGAUAAUAUUGAAAGCCAUAAAGUUCUGGAGCAGGAAAAAGAGUCAAAGGGCCCAGAAAUGAGGAAACCAAGAUCGAUGGCGGAAGCUGUGGCAGUAUACACCGGGAAGAAAUUUUUGAGUAAAGCAGAGAAAAAAGCUGCAAAAAGAAGAAAAGUAGCACAGCCAUUGAUUGACUCUGAAGAAGAGGAUGUAGGUGAAGUUGUCGGUGGUGACCCCAAGAUGGCGGAAUCAGAUUCAGACUCUAUUUCAGAUUCGCAGUACGAAUCUGCAUCCGAAUUUCAGUCGGACAGUAAUGUUGAGUUGCCAUUUACUGAGUUUAAGAGCGAAAGCGAGCUCAAGAGUAGCAGUGAACUGAGGAGCGACAGUGAAGUCAAAAGUGAGAGCGAGCUGAAAAGUGAUAGUGAAUCUACAAGUGAGAGCCCUGUAGAUGGAGAUGAAGAAAAUGAUGAUGAUGAUGAUGAUGAAGAUGAUAAUAAAGACUAUUCUCUAGGCGAUAAUGAGAGCCUUUCUGAAAGCGACAGUGGAAGUGCCAGUGAUGCAGAGGAAAGUUCAGACGAUGAUGAAGAUUUAGAUGCCCUCAAGCAUGAUCUUAAACAGGAUUUACAACGUGACCCUAAAGAAGCCACAAGCAAAGAUCCUUCAUUAUCAGGAACUGAUGAUGAAGAUGAAGAAAAGGAGGACGACAACCUGGAUAAGAAUACCACUCCACCGACUUCACCUGAAGAUGAGCCGGAAAAGGUUGCUGCAACUGUUGUCGACAAUAAAGACCUCGAUGUAUUGCCACUAAGCAAAUUUUAUCAGAUAAAUGAAGUUUCUAAUGAUAGAGGUUCUAAUAAUUCUACUAGAAUCCAUAAAAACUGGAGGGAAUUAUCCAAGCGUAAGCCCGUUGGAUUGUUAAACCACGGAGUUACUUGCUAUAUGAAUUCUGCAAUUCAAUCAUUAAUUCAUAUUCCCGCUGUGCAACAUUACUUAACGGAUAUUAAUUCGGGUAAGUAUAACAAAACCUUAAAGCCAAGAUCUGUUUCCCAUGUUUUGGCUGAACUUUCCAAAAGAAUGUGGGCAUUGGAUGACAAUGCAUCGAAAGUCAAACACCCAAAAUAUAUCAACCCUAAGAAAAUUAUUCAAAGAUUGGAUGAUAUUAAUUGUAUGAUGAGUGAAUGGCAACAAGAAGACUCGCAUGAAUAUUUCAUGUCCUUAAUGUCAAGAUUACAAGAAGAUUCCACUCCUAAAGGAGUAAAAUUAAACCAAUCGAUAAUCUAUGAUAUAUUUGGAGGAUUAUUACAUCAAUCUGUGACUUGCAAGAAUUGCAAUUAUGUAUCGGAUACUAAACAAGAGUUCUAUGACUUGUCCUUAGGAUUAAGCAGAAAGAAGAAUAAGGAUGUCGCAGAAAGUGCUGGUCCUCAAAGAUAUACUAUUGAAAAGUCAAUCCAAGAAUUUUUCUCAAGUGAACUAAUUAAACUUGAUAGAAAGGAUAAGAGUUCAGGAUAUGACUGUGAAAACUGUAAGCAAAAAUCGAAUGCAUACAAGAUAAGUACAAUUGACAGAUCUCCUGAAACUCUUACAGUUCAUUUGAAAAGAUUCAAAUUUAAUGGUAACUCAUCAUCUAAGGUAAAGCAAUCAAUUUCUUAUCCAAAUUACCUAGACUUGACUAAAUUCACCACAUUAAAGACACCAACCAAAUAUCAAUUAAUCUCUGUUAUCGUUCACGAAGGUAGAUCCAUACUGUCGGGCCAUUAUAUUGCACACUGCUUACAACCUGAUGGUACCUGGUCAACUUAUGAUGACGAAUAUAUCAACAAGAUUAAUGAAAAAGAAGCUCUAAGUGAUCCAUCUGCUUAUGUUUUAGUUUAUACCAAGUUGACGCCCAAAUCAAUGAAAAGAUCUAACGAUGGUAAUGAUACCUUGGUAAAUGCUAAAAAAGUAAAACGUUAG